ACGCACUCUUGCACUGUCUCUAGAUAUUUGCCACGACUAGUACUCUUAACAACAAGCGACUUACUCUUCUCUUUAUUUAGGCUACCACGUUUGAGCCUCUUUAGGCCUUUUUCCUAUCGCGUGCGCCGAUCACAACUCCUUUAGAAGCAAUGCGUCUCCUACGACGCAGCAGUACUAGCGAUUUUAGCCUUGAGGACUUUGCUAGCGAUAAUACAAUACCCCCCUAUGCGAUACUCUCUCAUACAUGGGGAACCGAUACCGACGAAGUUACCUUUGAAGACCUUAUAAGUGGCACUGGUAAAAAUAAGCCCGGCUUCGAGAAGAUCAGGUUCCGUGCAGAUCAAGCUUGGAAAGACGGGCUACAAUACUUUUGGAUUGACACUUGUUGCACUAUACAGACUCACCACCGACGACAAUGCCCUACGAAAAGAGUGGCAUACGCCGCUGAAAAUGGCGGCAAAAUGCCCCACCAUUGGCGAAGCCUGAAAAGGGACCCUUCUAAUUGUGAGUCUGCUAAGACAUCGUGGUAUCAAAACUACUACAUGGUGACCAAUCAAGACAAUAACGAUAAAUUACAGAAUUCAUGGUGGCAUGACCCUUUAGUAGCCUCUGACAAACUCCCCGAUAAGGCAUACUCAGGGAAGGCGAAGUUGUCCGAUGAUCCUGUCUUCGCGAGAGAGAGUCUAGCUCCUGGGUAA